AUGACCAAGGCCACCACCCCGCACCACUCAUUGGUCGACCCUAUGGGGUGGACUCUGGGAUUUUUGCUCUGCAGCAUUCUCCUGGCUUUCCUGAUGCCCAAGUCGCCGCGGACGCGGUUUCCGGUUGUCAAUCGGUAUCGGUGGGAUUAUUUCCAAACCAAGGCAAAGCAUGAAUUUGAACGACGGGCUCAAGAGCUAAUUGAGGCCGGCCUCAAGCAGUCCGCUGUUUUUGAUAUGGAAACAAACAUGGGUCCUCGAGUGGUGAUUUCGGACAAGUUCGCCGAUGCCGUCGGGAUGGAUGACCGGUUGGAUCAACACAAAGGAAUCACUCCAAUCAACCUCGCGGAAUUGAUAGGCUUCGAGACCAUGUUUACGGGAUCCAUUCACAACCACAUCCCGCGUCCAGCGGCGAGCGCAACUUCAAAGCGACUGGUGCACUUAACCCAGCCCUUUUCCGAAGAAACGGCGCACUUCUUACAGCGAGAGUGGGGCGACUGCCCAGAAUGGCUCGAGAUAGAUGUGCUCCCAAUGGCGAUGCGACUUACCGCCCAGCUCACAUCGCGCGCCUUUGUUGGGCCUCGACUGUGUCGUGAUUUGAGAUGGUUAGAGAUCGCAACCACAUACGUAUCAGUCCGUCUGGCUGCCCUGAUGGCGGUGCAAAAAUGGGCAAAGCCACUACAUCCCCUGGUUCACUGGUUCCUCCCAUCCUGUCGCAAGCUGCGAGCGCAGAUCAAACUCGCGCGAGAACUCAUACAGCCCGAACUAGACCGACUGAAGGAUCAGACGCUGCAAGACGAAAGCUUCACCAGUCUCGCAUGGAUUCAUCACAAUGCCGACGGCUAUACAUACGAUGCGGGGCUGGCCCAGCUGCGACUGUCGGCCGUCGCGAACCACACCACAUCAGACAUGUUGAUGAAAGUCCUGUUCCGAAUUUGCGAGAACCCGCAACUCAUUCCGGUGCUGCGCGAGGAGAUUAUCACCACCGUCCGCAGUGGUUUACGAGUGGCGGCUUUGCAGAAGAUGUGGCUGCUGGAAAGUCUGAUGAAGGAAAGCCAGCGACUGGAGCCAUUCUUCCUACUAUCGAUGUUUCGGUAUGCCACGGAAACUGUCAUCUUGCCUGACGGCACUGUCAUUCCAAAGGGGACCUUGACCGCUGUUGCAAAUCCCAGCCGGCUGGAUCCGACCAUCUACCCUGAGCCUGACAAAUUCGACGUCUAUCGGUUUUUGAAGAUGCGUGACGAUGCUACACAGGCGGGCUUGGCUCCAUUUUCAAAAACCAAUCACACGCACUUGGCUUUCGGGCACGGAAAGCAGGCUUGUCCUGGUCGGUUCAUUGCGAUCAAUGAGGUGAAACUGGCCCUCUGUCAUAUCUUGCUCAAGUACGAUAUUGACCUGGUGGACGGUAGCAAUUGUGAAUUGGUCAGGACAGGGCUGGUGACCGUGCGAAAUCCAGCAGCCAAGAUCCGCGUACGGCGGCGACAAGAGGAGGUCAAAAUAUAG